AUGUUUGGUCCACGAAAUAAUGGUGCAAAUGCCGAGAAAAUAGCAUGGAGCGAGUUUAUCAACGAACUUCUUCCAACAGGACAAGUCUAUAAGAUUAUCGUAUUUCCUGAGAAUGACACGGCUUUCUUGUACCUCUACGAUACCGGAGCCCAAAAUUCACGAGGCGAGAAACUGUCGAGUUUGUACCGAGUAGGAAUACCAAGCGUGGCGCGUUUUGAAACCGAGGUCCGCGCUGCUGAAUACGCACUGGGGCUUCCACCAGAGCAUUGGACACAAAUUGAGUACAGAAGAACGGAGAAUAUAAGUCAAUGGCUCACAAUUCUCUUCCUUGGUGGUCUCAUCUUAGGUGGUUUCCUACUCUUUAAAAGAUUCAAAGGUUCAUUCAAUAUGACCGAUAUGAUGUCGAAUAUGACAAAAGGAAAAUACACAGUGAUUGAUCCACAUAGUCCAGAAGGCAAAAAACAACUGAAAAUAAAGUUCAAGGAUGUUGCAGGCUGUGGAGAAGCCAAAGUUGAAAUUCGCGAAUUUGUGGAUUAUUUGAAAAAUCCUAGUAGAUAUACGAAACUUGGUGCAAAACUUCCACGAGGUGCUCUUCUUACUGGCCCGCCUGGUUGUGGUAAAACAUUACUUGCCAAAGCCUUAGCUGCUGAGUCCACGGUGCCAUUCAUAUCAAUGAAUGGAUCCGAAUUUGUUGAAGUGAUUGGUGGACUCGGAGCUUCACGUAUUCGUGGGUUGUUCAAAGAAGCCAGAGCUCGCGCACCAUGCAUUAUUUAUAUUGACGAGAUUGACGCAAUCGGAAAGAAACGAAGCGAAGGAAGAGGAGGUGGGCUAGGUGGCGGUGGAUCUGGAGAAGAAGAGCAAACAUUGAAUCAACUUCUCGUUGAAAUGGAUGGAAUGGGAAGUGGGAACGGAGUAGUUGUAUUGGCCAGCACGAAUCGAGCCGAUAUUCUCGAUAAGGCGUUAUUGAGACCUGGACGAUUCGACCGUCACAUCAGCAUUGAUCUGCCGACACUGCCAGAGCGAAAAGAUCUUUUCGAGUUGUAUUUGAGAAAAAUUAGGUUGAAUAACUCACCACAGGAGUAUUCGAAGCGAUUAGCACAACUCACUCCAGGAUUUUCAGGAGCCGAUAUCAUGAAUGUUGUGAACGAAGCAGCGAUUCGCGCCGCCUCGAACAAGGAAAAAUUGGUGACCGUAAAAGAUAUUGAAUAUGCAUUGGACAGAGUGCUGGCAGGCGCUGAAAAACGAUCACGAAGCUUAGUUGAAGAAGAGCGGGAAGUUGUAGCUUAUCAUGAAGCCGGACAUGCACUUGUUGGAUGGCUUUUGGAGCAUACUGACGCUCUUCUGAAGGUCACAAUUAUUCCUCGAACAUCGGCUGCUCUCGGAUUUGCGCAAUACAAUCCGCGUGAAAAGUUUUUAUUUUCAAAGGAAGAGCUUUUCGAUAGAAUGUGCAUGAUGCUUGGUGGACGGGUGGCUGAGAAUUUGAAAUUCGGACGGAUCACAUCUGGAGCACAAGAUGAUCUGCAAAAAGUCACGAAAUCAGCAUACGCGCAGGUGAAGUUGUACGGAAUGAGCUCGACAGUUGGUCCAUUAUCGUUCCCGAACACGGAUGGAUUCGAGAUCAAACCAUACAGCAAACAAUUCGGUGCCGUUUUUGAUCAGGAGGCUUCAUUGAUUGUCGCAAAUGCUCAUCAAGCAACGACGAAACUCAUUUCAGAAAAUAUGGAUAAAUUGGAAACGAUUGCCCAAGCUCUUCUUAAGCGCGAAGUUUUGAAUUAUGAAGACGUGAAGAAGCUUAUCGGACCUCCGAAGUUCGGCGACAAACACCUUAUUGACAUGGUGGACAACAUUCUCCCAAAACAAGACGAGAAAUAG